UCCAACGGUUCAGCUUCGCUUCUUCUGUUUCUGCGUCCUCAAUCCAAUCCAGUAGCCACCGGCCGGCCGAUGGCGGCGACGGCUGCGGCGUACAGCUGCUCGGCGGCGGCGGCGGCGCUGCCGUUCCCGGGGAGCCCCUUCGCCCGUCGCUCGCCCCCGUCCCGCGUUCACCUCGCCUCCUCCAAUCCCAAGCUCGGGAAGCCCGUUCCCAGCCUGAGAGCUUCAUAUCGUCGAAGGCAACCGUAUGUCCGCGCGUGCUCCAGCGAGGUUGAUCCGGACGCCUCGGCAGCGUCACCGGCAGAAGCUAGUUUUGAUAUAAAGCUUCCUAGAAGAAGCUUGCUUGUUCAGUUUACAUGUACUAAAUGUGAUGCAAGGACAGAGCGUUUGAUAAACAGGGUGGCCUAUGAAAGAGGAACCGUGUUUCUUCAGUGCGCUGGGUGCCAGGUGUAUCACAAGUUUGUUGACAAUCUUGGCCUAAUUGUCGAGUAUGACCUACGAGAAGAAAAUGGGGUGAACACUUGUGCUGAAGACUGAUUUGGAAUGUGUCAUAGAAGCCAGGCAUGCUAAGUUUCCUCUAAAUAUACUAGGUUUGAGUCUUGACAACAUUGACUAUUUGAACCUUGUAGACUGCUUAUAUUGAACAGUAUUUGUGCAUUGAAAUAGCAGCUUACUCAGUUCAUAACUGGGUUUAUAUGGACUCAAAUAGUAUCACAAUUCACAAUACCAGAUUACCUUAUUGUUACCAAAAAUUGCUCUCAUUAUAGAAAAACGAUACAUUGUUGCUGGAAGUUGCUGGCACUAAUUGUAUGAUAUUCGCACUGUAUGCACAUCAUCAUUCUUUGC